UCGAAAACAGACCACCAUUACACAAACACUCAAAAAUCACCAAGAACGGAGGGUUAACUCUGGUUUAUUCGUACUUUAGACAGUUAAUUACAAUUGUAGGAUUGUUAUAAAGAUUAAAGAUGCAACGUGCUCAAAGUAGACGUUCAGACACAAGUGAAGCUGAACUUGAUGGAAUUGCUGAACAGGAGCUAGCCAAGCUGCAACGCCAGUAUCGUAUAAUGGAAGGUGACAGGAAGGCAUACAGCGAGGAGACUCAUAAUACUAUCAGAAAGCAGCGCGGUGCUAUUGACUCUCUUCAGAAAGAAAGAAAUGAACUUAUGAAGUAUAUCAGACUGGCUGGAAGUCAACAAAACCUUGGAAAGGAUUCCACCAAUACCAAGAUUUUGAAUGACAUGAUGGACCAAGAAGAUGUACACAAAGCUGACAUUGAUGCUGUCAAAGAAGAAAUAGCUGACCUGAGUGCCAAGAUACAAACAAUGGAAAAGAAGAACAGACAACAGAAAAAGAACAUGGGAGGUGUACAUAUGAGCCAUGCAAGACAUGUCCAUACUCAGAAAACAAUCAGAGUCUUGGAAAACAGGCUGGACAAGGCAAAUGUGAAGUUUAACAGAUCUUUGGCUGAAAAUAGUCAGUGUAGAGAACAAAUUGACAGCAUGAGGAAAGAAAGGAAUAAAUACGAAAGUUGCUGCAAGAAACUAGAGCAGAAGAAACAGGAGUAUAAACGACAAGCAAGUGAAUUGAUUGACAAUUCAAAAGCAGCUUAUGAUGCAAGGGAUGAAGCACAAGCCAAGAUGCUGGCCCUAAAAGAAAAGAAUGACAAGGAUAUUGCUCAAUACAAAACCGAGUUUAUGGAGUUGGAACGCAUAAUUGACCAUGAGAGAAAACUCAAAGAGUUUAUGAGAGUUAAGGGGGAGGAACGAGCUGAGUUGAUGGAAGGGGAAAUGACAUCUCGACGAAAGAAGAGAGAUGAGAAAGAUAAAGGGGAUAAAGCUGAGGAAACGAUAGUGUCUUAUGAAACAGCAUUCCAAAAGAUCAAAGAAGCAACAGAAAUAGAAGACAUUGAUCUCCUUGUCAACAAGUUUAUAGAAGUUGAAGACAAAAACUUUGCUUUGUUUAACUAUGUGAACGAGCUCAAUAAUCAGAUUGAAAUGAUACAAGAACAAAUUAACGAGAGUAAUGCCGACAUAGAAAAGUUCAAGAGCGAAGGCGUUGAAAUGGAGAGUCAACGCAAAGCAAUCAUGAAGUCCCUUGAUGAUCAACUAAACGAGGAAACAGAACAGCAUGAACAAUACGACAACCAACACAAGCACACCAAUAAAAUACUAGAACAACUUAAGUCAGGGAUUGAUUCCCUGUUCAGCAAGAUAAACUGUGAUAAGUCAGCAAUUGAGAAUCUUCUUGGCAGCAAAGAGGGAAUUACUGACAAUAACAUGAUGCAGUUUCUUGGGAUCAUUGAACAAAGAACAAAUGAACUUCUUCAAGUGUAUGGUUUCAAUGUAACAAAGGAGUCUGAAAGGGACCAACCUCCUGCAGCAGUAGGUCUUCUUGGUCAAGGACCACAGCCUGGAUCAAUAUCAGUCAAUAUUGUACCUCCAACCACUGGCGAUGAUUAUAAUAGUGAUGAUUCCGAUGAUGAAACAGAUGACGAACAGAGACCACUUACUCAACAAGAGCUCAAGAAUAAGAUUAUGAAAGGGAUCAACAAAAGAGAAGGUCAGCCAAAGAAGACCCAACAUCACCCAGGUUCUGCCACAUCCGACAAAGCAGCUGCCAAGAAAAAGAAAGCUGGAAAAUAAGCUAAAUUACUACACAACAAAAAAAUGCUGGCCGAAUCACCCAGACAGUGUAAAUAGUCAACUUGCAUCUACAACUCCUUUAGGCUUCCUGUGCCAGUCUUUGUAACACAGAAAUUCACCACAGGGGAUCUCAAAAAUAAUUUUAUGAAAAAUUGUAGUAUUGUGUAAAUUGUUAGGUAUGUCAGUGUAGAUCAAAAUGUAGUUUGUAGUUAUUUAAUAAAAUAUAAACUGCCUUCUUUUGUAAAUUUUAAA